AUGAAAGACCCAAAUGACUUUUUGUUGAAGUUUGUCAUGGAUGAAGCUGAGCGAGCUAAAAAGGCUUCUGUGAUUGUUUUGAAUAAAUUCGAGGAAUUGGAGCAUGAUAUUAUUGACACACUUUUGUCCAUUCUUCCUCCAAUUUAUGCAGUUGGACCAUUACACAUUCACCUAAAUCAGAUUAAGGAUGACGAUUUGAAAUUUCUUGAAUCAAAUCUUUGGGUAGAAGAAUCUGAGUGUCUUGAAUGA